GGCUCCAGCCCGUUGACCCCGUCCAGACGCCUGCGCCGCUCACUCGGCGUCCCGGCUCGGACCCCGGCGCCCAGCCCGUGGCCGUAACCUUGAGGCGGCGGCGGGGCCGGGCCGGGCCGGGCUGGGGGGCGGCGGCGCUGGAUCCGAGGCCGGCCGGCCGCUGGCGGGAGAUGUCGAACCCCGGGACGCGGAGGAACGGCUCCAGCAUCAAGAUCCGUCUGACAGUAUUAUGUGCCAAGAACCUUGCAAAGAAAGACUUCUUCAGACUCCCUGACCCCUUUGCCAAGAUUGUUGUAGAUGGCUCUGGGCAGUGCCACUCAACCGACACUGUGAAAAACACCUUGGACCCAAAGUGGAACCAGCAUUAUGACUUGUACGUUGGGAAAACCGACUCCAUCACCAUCAGUGUGUGGAACCACAAGAAGAUCCACAAGAAGCAGGGGGCCGGCUUCCUGGGCUGUGUGCGACUGCUCUCCAACGCCAUCAGCAGAUUGAAAGACACUGGCUACCAGCGUUUGGAUCUAUGCAAACUAAAUCCCUCAGAUACUGAUGCGGUCCGUGGCCAAAUAGUGGUCAGUUUACAGACCCGAGACAGAAUAGGCAGUGGAGGGUCGGUGGUGGACUGCAGAGGAUUGCUAGAAAAUGAAGGAACAGUGUAUGAAGACUCAGGCCCUGGAAGGCCGCUCAGCUGCCUCAUGGAGGAACCUGCCCCAUAUUCAGAUGGUACCGGUGCAGCUGCGGGAGGUGGGAACUGCAGGUUUGUGGAGUCUCCAAACCAAGACCAGAGACUCCAGGUACAGCGACUCCGAAACGCUGAGGUUCGAGGGUCCCUGCAGACACCCCAGAACCGACCACAUGGCCACCAGUCUCCGGAGCUGCCUGAAGGCUAUGAGCAAAGGACGACAGUACAGGGACAAGUGUACUUUUUGCACACGCAGACUGGAGUCAGCACGUGGCAUGAUCCCAGGAUCCCCAGAGACCUUAACAGUGUGAACUGCGAUGAACUUGGGCCGCUGCCUCCAGGCUGGGAAGUCAGAAGUACAGUGUCGGGAAGAAUCUAUUUUGUAGAUCACAAUAAUAGGACAACCCAGUUUACAGACCCACGGCUUCACCAUAUCAUGAAUCACCAGUGCCAACUUAAGGAGCCCAGCCAGCCGCUGCAGUUGCCCAGCGAGGGCUCCAUGGAGGACGAGGAGCUUCCUGCCCAGAGAUAUGAGAGAGAUUUAGUCCAGAAGCUCAAAGUUCUUAGACACGAACUCUCUCUUCAGCAGCCCCAAGCUGGUCAUUGUCGAAUAGAAGUUUCCAGAGAAGAAAUAUUUGAGGAGUCGUAUCGCCAGAUCAUGAAGAUGCGGCCGAAAGACCUGAAGAAGCGCCUGAUGGUGAAGUUCCGAGGGGAGGAAGGCUUGGACUACGGUGGAGUGGCACGAGAGUGGCUGUAUUUGCUGUGCCAUGAAAUGUUGAAUCCGUAUUAUGGGCUCUUCCAGUACUCCACAGACGACAUCUACACGCUGCAAAUCAACCCGGACUCUUCCGUCAACCCCGACCAUCUGUCUUACUUCCACUUUGUGGGUCGCAUCAUGGGUCUGGCUGUGUUCCAUGGACACUACAUAAAUGGGGGCUUCACAGUUCCGUUCUACAAGCAGCUCCUGGGAAAACCCAUCCAGCUGUCGGAUCUGGAGUCAGUGGACCCAGAACUGCACAAGAGCUUGGUGUGGAUUCUAGAGAAUGACAUCACGCCGGUGCUGGACCACACCUUCUGCGUGGAGCACAAUGCUUUUGGGCGGAUCCUUCAGCAUGAACUGAAACCCAAUGGCAGAAAUGUGCCUGUCACUGAGGAGAACAAGAAGGAAUAUGUCCGGUUGUAUGUAAACUGGAGGUUUAUGAGAGGAAUUGAAGCCCAGUUCCUAGCGCUUCAGAAAGGGUUUAAUGAACUCAUUCCCCAACACUUACUGAAGCCCUUUGACCAGAAGGAACUAGAGCUGAUAAUAGGCGGGCUGGAUAAGAUAGACCUGAAUGACUGGAAGUCCAACACGCGUCUGAAGCAUUGUGUGGCCGACAGCAACAUCGUCAGAUGGUUCUGGCAGGCAGUGGAGACCUUCGAUGAGGAGAGGAGGGCCAGACUCCUGCAGUUCGUGACAGGAUCCACGCGAGUGCCUCUCCAAGGCUUCAAGGCGCUGCAAGGUUCUACAGGCGCGGCAGGGCCCCGACUCUUCACCAUCCACCUGAUAGAUGCCAACACAGACAACUUACCCAAGGCUCAUACCUGCUUUAACCGGAUUGACAUCCCACCCUAUGAGUCCUAUGAGAAGCUCUACGAGAAGCUGCUGACAGCAGUGGAGGAGACCUGUGGCUUUGCUGUGGAGUGAAGAGUGGCCAGUGGCAGCCGAGUCACCCACAACCACCAGACCCAAAGCAUAUGGUGUCUGCACGCCUCCCGCAUGGCGGGCUGAGGCCUGAGAUUCCAGAAACCCGAGGGAAAAGGCUCGUCUCCCUCCUCUGGGGAGGGCAGGCCAGGGGACUUUCAUAGGUGGCUCCCACCCAUUUAUCCCUCCUUUAUUAUAGUUCGCCCACCCUUCCAUCACCCAUCCAAUAAAACGCAGCCAGGUUUCCCCCUCAGCCUCCUUGGCAUGGUGGGCAUGGCCAGGGCCAAGCUGGGCCCCGAGGGCUUGCAUGGUCUCUGUACCGGCUCUCCCUCUCAGUGUAGCCUCAAGGCCCUUUUCAAGUUCAGCAGCUGCCCAUAGCUUACCAAGCUCAAAUUCCAGAUGUCCGGCUAGCAGCCUGUUCCAGAGGGCAGGUGGAUUUCUAAGCAGGAAAUAACUGCACAGUGCAUGCUUGCUGGAAUUCCACCAAAGCAGGAAGCUCGAGGCAGAAUGUAUUUCCCCUUUGAGAGGUAAAGGGAUUGGAGCAGCCUUCACGGGAGGCCCAGUGAUUUCUUUUCAGGGUAUCCUGGCUGAAAAGAUGUCUUUGCACGGGGGGAAACAAUCUUUAAAAGUUCCAUCUGCUGUGUUCUCUACCAGUUUGAAAUUCUCACGUCAUGGAGCUAAUCAAAGAAUGACCAAAACCAGGCUCAGAUCCAUCUGGGUCCAGCUCGACUCCUGUGACAGGGACCAGAGGCUCGUGACUGUCGUGAAAUGUUAGUGGACUUUUGUAUGGGGAUUGCUAAGAGCUAAACGAACAGAACAGUUUUGUCACCACAGCCACUGAAUGGGACAACAGGAGAGGCCGCUGACCUGGGGCCUUCUGAUGCAGCUCCCCAGAGUUGGUGCUAUGCACAAAGCAGGGUGUGAUGAAGCCUGUGGUGACAGGGAGGGGGCUUUACCUCCCUACAUGGCCCUCUUCCCCAGUGGCAAUGGUGAUGCUAACAGUUCUACUCGAUUUGCUUGCUCAGUCGUCGUCUUCUGAUGAGCAAGGCCAAAGCCAGCCUAAUGCCAUGUCUCUAACACCAUUUCCAGUUUGCACAAGUGUUCAGAAGCGGUGACUGUCCAGAGAGGCUGGAUUCAGGCAGCUGAACUCUGGAGGAAGGCAGAGCAGCAGCCCAUCUUCCACAUGUGGUUUUGCCAUUUUUGUUUGUGGUGGGAGCGAGAACAGGGUAAUUCAUUAGCAAGACAUUUCAUUGGUACCGGGGUUCAAGUUCAGCCAUGAGUUCAAGUUCUGUGUGGGAUGAUGAGGAAGGUCCUGUCGGGCCACUGACUUUUGUGUUCUUUUCAUUGCUCACCCUCAGGCUAGGGAUGGGGAAGCGUCUUCCCUUCUGUUCCCGCUGCUUCUGUCCAGCUUGCUCCAGAAGCAGUUCUCGCGUUACUGGGGAAGGCUGGAUUCAUAGGUCACACACACCCUCUCCCAAGAGGUUUGCCAAGCUUGGUGGCCAUGGGUACUGCAGAGCGUGAGCCAGCCACACUCUGAGUGUCAAGGUUUAGGGACAGAAAGGAUGCUUGGCAGACCUCACUGCACAAAAACUGCAUCCAUCCCACCAUCCAGGCCAGACUGGGGCCUUACCAGUCUCUCAAUUUUCUGCCUUGCCCCAGUAGGGCUUCUGUAUUUCAUCUACCUUAAUGCUUCUGAGGGUGUUCUAAAACCUGGCUCCCUCAUGACUGGGAAGUGUGAGGAAGCCUGUGCCCUAAGUUGUAGCCAGACUCCACUGCAUGACUCUCUGGAGAUGGGAAGCCCUGCCUGGUGCUGUCACACUGUGCCAGUCUGCAGUGUUGGAGGAAACAGGGUCCUGUGCUGCCAGAGUGUCGAGUUGGGAGUGAUGUGGGACAAGCCUUAGGAGUCCCAUGUCACGUGUGCAUUGAGGAUCCAAAGGUUGGCCCCUCGGGCUGAUUGUGGUAGGCACACAUACCACCCAGUAAGGCUUCUAAGUCGUUCUCCUUAAUUGCCUGGGUUCCCUUCAUUGCCAGUUCUGAGUGUCCCAGCCUCCCCCAGGUGUCUGUUGGUGGUACCACUGCACCUCCUUGUCUGUCUACUAUGAUUUGGUCCUUCAGAAGCUCCUCACAGGACACCACGUGGCCGGCCGACCCACGGCAAAGCUCCUGGUUGCUCUGCUUUGGGUCUGGAUGAAGCCCUUUCAUGUAAGAUCUCGAUUGUCACCCCUCCUGGUGGCCCCAGGUGAUCCACCAUUGCCACGUCACCCAGAUGCUUCAGGAGCCCGGCUCUCCAGGCUCCCCUCACCAGCGGCCAGCAGCCAACUCAGGGACGCAGCAAACACCACUCUGCUCCGCAGUGCUUCAGAGGAAGCAGCAGGCUGCAGCAAUGGGGUGGCAGCGGGUUCCAAUCUCUUGCUUUCUGUUAGGAGAAUCUGCCACAAGAUGGGACGCUGACCCCUACACUGGCUUGGCCACAUGGUCAAGUUCAGGCUAGGUGGCCCCUGGACUGACCCUCGGCAGAGAAAACACCCCACCCUCCUGCAGCCAGGUGGGGGCCACAUGGCAGCCUUCUGAAACAGUGUGGGUUUUUAAAAUGUGUUUAUAAUGUACCCUAAUUUAUUUUGUAAGGUCCUGUUCGAAGUGCUGCUGCUACCCUAGUUGCUCUCCCGGUUUUUAUCGCCCAUUUACUUGUGACGGUUGUACACUAAUGUUCUGUUUUAUGUCAGAGUCGAAAGUAUUUAAAGAAAUGCUAGUUCUAUUUAAUGCAGUUGUGGAACCAGCUGGAAACACAAAACGUUGACUGUAGAGCAGGCUGGACCCGGGAGGUCAGGUUCAUUUUGUUACAUAUGCAAUAAACUCACAACUUUACUUUU